AUGGCUUCAGUAUCUGAGCUCGCCUGUAUUUACUCGGCUCUCAUCCUCCACGACGAUGAAGUCACUGUCACCGAGGACAAGCUGCACGCCCUGAUCAAGGCAGCCGGCGUUACCGUUGAGCCUUUCUGGCCCAGCCUCUUCGCCAAGGCUCUGUCAAACGUCGAUAUCGCCAGCCUGAUCUGCAAUGUCGGUGCUGGUGGCGGUGGAGCACCAGCCGGAGCCCCUGCAGCUGGAGGAGCUGCCGCCCCGGCAGAGGAGAAGAAAGAAGAGAAAAAGGAAGAGUCCGAGGAGUCUGACGACGACAUGGGCUUCGGUCUUUUUGAUUAA